AGAUACAUACCCUCCUCUGCUUCCACAUUUAUUUAUAAAUAAAUCAUAUAGCACUUUACUCUCCUGUCGUCGGCUGCUCCACUAUUAUACCACCCUUUCCCUUCCCAAACGAAGCACUGCAAUUUCCCAGUUCUCGGUCACCGGAAAUGACGUGUCGUCGACUCCCGAUCGCCAUUUUGUUCUUUCUAUAUUUGGUAAUUUCCUCUCAGUCCCUGGACUUUGAUAAUUUACACAAAAAGCACAAAUCCAAAAUCAAAGGUCCCAUCAAAACCCUAGUGAUUCUGGUCAUGGAGAAUCGCUCUUUCGAUCACGUCCUCGGCUGGCUGAAAUCAACCCGACCCGACAUCGACGGCUUGACUGGAUCCGAAUCGAAUCGAAUAUCUGUCUCGAACCCCAACGCCGAUGAAAUCUUCGUCUCCGACGACGCGUUGUUCAUCGACUCGGACCCUGGCCACUCAUUCCAAGCUAUCAGAGAACAGAUAUUCGGUUCAAACGAUAGCCUCGCUGACCCGGCUCCAAUGAGCGGGUUCGCGCAACAAGCGAAGAGCAUGAGUGAAACCAUGUCGAAAAUCGUCAUGAGCGGCUUCAAACCGAGUCGGGUACCGGUGUACACCGAGUUAGCGAACGAGUUCGCCGUUUUUGACCGGUGGUUCGCGUCGGUUCCCGCGUCAACUCAGCCGAACCGGCUCUAUGUUCACUCCGCAACCUCACACGGAGCCAUGAGUAACGUGCGGAAAGACCUCAUCCAUGGAUUCCCUCAAAAAACGAUCUUCGACUCACUUGACGAGAACGGCCUCAGUUUUGGAGUUUAUUACCAAAACAUCCCCGCGACCCUUUUCUUAAAGUCGUUGAGGAAAUUAAAGCACGCAAUGAAGUUUCACAGCUACGAAUUGAAGUUCAAAUUGCACGCGAAGCUAGGGAAGUUACCUAAUUAUGUGGUGGUUGAGCAGAGGUAUUUCGAUGUGGAGUUAUUUCCAGCCAAUGAUGAUCACCCAUCACAUGACAUGGCAAGAGGACAGAGGUUUGUGAAGGAGGUGUACGAGACACUGAGGAGUAGUCCGCAGUGGAAAGAAAUGGCGCUUUUGAUUACUUAUGAUGAACAUGGCGGGUUUUAUGAUCACGUGCCUACACCCGUGCGCGGGGUGCCGAAUCCUGAUGGGAUUGUUGGACGUGACCCGUAUUAUUUCCAGUUUAACCGGUUGGGUGUUCGGGUUCCUACUCUUUUGAUCUCUCCUUGGAUUGACAAGGGUACUGUGAUACAUGAGCCAGCUGGGCCAAGACCAUCUUCUCAAUUUGAGCACUCUUCAAUCCCUGCAACGGUGAAGAAGCUCUUUAACUUGAAAUCGAAUUUCUUGACAAGGAGGGAUGCAUGGGCUGGUAGUUUUGAGAAUUACUUUUACCUACGUGACACUCCUCGUGAUGAUUGUCCAGAAACCCUGCCAGAGGUGACAACAUUAAUGAGGCCAUGGGGACCAAAAGAAGAUGCAAGCCUCUCAGAAUUCCAGGUUGAGAUGAUCCAGCUUGCAUCACAGCUCAAUGGUGAUUAUGUACUGAAUGCUUACCCAGAUAUUGGCAAAAGCAUGACAGUGGGUGAAGCCAACAGAUAUGCCGAGGAUGCAGUUAGGAGGUUCCUUGAAGCCGGCAGGGCUGCUCUAAGAGCUGGAGCAAAUGAAUCAGCUAUUGUUACAAUGCGACCUUCACUCACUAGCCGAAUUCCAGUGGGGGGUCUUGGUAACUACCAGAAAGCCUAUUGAUUCCUGACAAAACCACCAGUUUAGAUAUGAAUUUAAAUACAAAUAUACUACAAUUACCGUGUCUGUAAAUAGUUAAUGUAAUUUGCAAAUUGCUAUUUGUUACAAUGAAUACUAGUACUGUUCCUAGUUACAUGUGCAAGUGGUGUUUGUAUUAUCAGGUAUGCAGUAGUUAAUCUGAUUGUCAGAUUCUCAAGAGUGGGGAUUGUGCACCUUGCAUCUUGUUCUUGAGAGAACCACAGAAAUAAGAGGCCUCGUAGCCAUUUUAUACUG